GAUUUUUAUCCGAGUCCAGUUCGUUGGGUCCGUUCAUUACUUGUCAAAACAAGAUAAAUUUUCGUCCGCGUAAUGAUCAUGGAAACUAUCGUAAACGACGAGGCAACGGUUUCUGAAAUUAAAAAAUGUGAAGAAGUGUAUAAUGCUGAAUUAUCGAGAGGUGUUGUUACUACUACCUCACAAUUUCAAUAUGCGUGGUGCUUGGUUCGCAGUAAGUACUCAAAUGACAUGAAAAAGGGCGUGGCAUUAUUGGAGGAGCUGAGCCACGCUAGCCAUCAGCAACUGAAACGCGAUUGUUUCUACUAUCUUGCAAUAGGAAAUUACAGAUUAAAGGAAUAUACACAAGCAUUGAAGUAUGUUAGAAAGGUUAAAGAAAUGGAGCCGAAGAAUCGACAAGCAUUAGAGUUGGAAUCUCUCAUCAAGAAGAAAAUGAAUCAAGAGGGUCUUGUUGGAAUGGCAAUAGUGGGCGGUGCAGCUUUAGCACUCGGUGGUCUAAUAGGGGCUGGUUUCGCACUCAGCAAAAAAUAGGAUAUCACAGCAAUAGUGGAAAAUUAGUACUUUUUAACUCAUAACAACUAUAAUACACUGAGGAUUUAUAUGUAAAUAAUAUUUGAUUUUAAGUUAAGCACGUACCGGACCAAUUUUCAUUUUGUUCCGAAUGGUUCAACUAGCAGAGUAUCUAGACUGAGUCAAGCAUGAUAGCCAAGUUGACAGAAACACAGACUGAGUUCAGCUCUAGGAGAGAAGUAAACCACAGAUUUAAGAAGGGGUCUUGGAAAAUUGCAUUGCCUUGUAAUACCUUUCUGUAUGAGGGUUUCUUUUGUCCGAGGGGCAAGUUGCGAGUUGGAAGUUGCGAGUUAGAAAAUGCGAGCAACUCUUUUUCCAACUCGCAACUAGCAUUUUCCAACUCGCAACUCACAUUUUCCAACACGCAACUCACAUUUUCAAACUCGCAACUCACAAUUUCCAACUCAAAACUCGCAUUUUCCAACUCGCAACUCGUUUUUUCCAACUCGCAACUCGCAUUUUCCAACUUGCAACUGGCACUGAAGUAGCAAUCUACAGUAUGGACCUUUCUGAAUAAUCAGAACAGAAUGUUGUUUGAUCAGAACAGAGCAUGGAAUGGUAUGCUUGUUUCACUCGUAUGUCUCAUCCCAGAAACGCAAAGUUACCGUUUGUCUCCAUUUCCCUCUGUGCUCAGUUCACAUUGAUAGAUUCUUUCAACAUAUUUUGCAUAUUUGUAUUCUAUUACUAGUGCUCAGUUUCAUUGUUAGAUUCUUUCAACAUAUUUUGCAUAUAUUUGUAUUUUAUACUAGGUUCAGCAUAGUUAUUGGUGUUGGAAAACAGUUUGCGUAUCUUGGUAACGGACUUGGUAACAUAUACCACCAUAUUGGGUUGUAUAAGGGCUGCAAUGUGAAAAUUAGGGAUGUAGUUUAGUGUGGAGGGGUGGGGAGAAAACAUCUUUUUAGGAUUUUUUCCCAUUUUUUUUUUUACCUUUAGCUUCAAAACUGAGGUUAAAGCAAGCAAUAAUUUCAUACAUUUACAUAAAAAUUAUAUAAAUAAUGAUUAUGUUGUGAUGGGCAGCUGUAUUUUAUACUUUACCUUCAUGUCAUUUAUUUUUUUCGUUUGUACAUAUCUCCAAAUUUAGAGAUAUAUAAUCAUAAUAUACACUAUAUGCAGUUUAAUUGUUAAUAUGUAUUUUUUUUUUAACUUUGGAGAACCACCUAACUUUUUGGCUAAUUAUAAUUAAUCUAUCGAAUUUAAUGAUUCGCUCAUUUUGAAAUUUUUUGCUUUUAUUAGCUUUUGCAAUGGAGCUUCCUGGAAUGUCAAUCAAAUUUUAAAACUGACCAAUCAGAACAUACAUUGACACUAUUGUGUUGGGGACCUUAGCAACAAUAUCCAAGGGGCGGGGCUUUAUAGCGGAAUGUUCCAUUGUUGAUGCUGUUUAAUGUGCAACCCUUUAUUCCUAUAAAAAAAAUUUAAAUAUAUUAGUAUACUAUAUAACUUUAUUUAUUUUAUGUUUUGGAUUUGUAUAAUGCACAUACUUUUUAUCCCGACCUGGAAUUCCGAAGGCUUUUCAAUGCACCACACACUUCCACCCAUACCGUAGAGGUUGCGAAAUAAUGAGUGAGCUUCCUUUGAUGAUGCUAACAGCCAUGGAUCCAAAAAGGUGGGUGGGGAACGUGCCACCUGUUUUGCCACUAAAUUUUAAAAUUUCAAUGCAUAUCAAUGUUAUGUAUUAAAAUAAGUGCUACUCGCUUAUCUAUUCUGAAUGUUGUGCCUCCAUCUCCCCCCCCCCCAUUCAUACAUAUAUGUACAGCAGGAAGGAAAAUGAUAUAAACAAAUAUGAUUACUAUUUGAAUUACAUUGUUGUUAUAGUGUCAUCUUGUGAGUUAUGGCUUGUUGCCACUUGGCCAAUUGCCACCAACCACUACCACUAAGCCUAAAUUCCUUUUCCACCCUAAACCCUGUUACCAUCUGGCUGAUUGCCACCUGGCCCAUUGCCACAGUAGUUUUUGUUUUGCCACCACAUGCCUGGGCCCAUUGCCAAUGAGGCUUGUUUACCACUCUUCAGAAAAAUGAAAUGGCAAAUACAGUAUUUGAUUAAAAAUUUGCUUGACAAUUA